AUGUCCGAAAAACAGCUCCAGUCGGCCACGUUCGCAUUUGCUGAACUCUCUCUCUCUCUCUCUCGCUCAUUGAAAAUAGGUACAGAAAAAGAGUUAGUCCGAUUCAACGGCCAGAAAGAGAUCGGGUUGCUGGGCGAGGCGUCGUGUGGUUUGCGGUGUCCGGUAUCUCCAAGACCCGCGGAGGAGCAGGUUGACUUUCGUAGAAUGGGACAAUCAAACGGUCUGUCCACGAGAACUGGCUCUCGCAGAGCCGGUCUGCAGCAAAUGAAUGGCCACUUUUGCUGGCGAGUGUCUGAGGCAAAAGAGGACUUGCUUGACAGACAAGUUUACAAAGCGGCUUUCUUUGGGUCCUGA